AUGAGUAGCUUAACGUUUUGUUCUUUACCUUUAACUGUGAAUGGCCAUCGGAGAAAAUACAUAUAUUCUUCAAAUAAAGCGUCUGUUCUCAAAUUAGUUGCUGCACGCCAACUGCUUGAUGAAAUUGUUAAGAGAACUAGAAUUUCAGUUACAGAUUUGUGUGUUACUGAAUGUGUAGAUAGAGGUGAAAUGGUUAUGGAAAGCAAUAGGAAUUUCGAUGUAACGGAUGAGUUAUUAGGAGAGUCCAGGUUUGAUCGUGCUAGCAAUUACAUGGAUGAGGAAUAUGUGAUUGAGCAGUUGAAGUACUGUAGUAGUGAAGGAUGUUUUGAGCUUGGAAAAUUAUACCAUGCUUUCAUAAUUAAGACGGGGAUUUGGUUCGAUAAGUUUGUAGCUACAGCCCUUCUUAAUAUGUAUGCAAAGUGUGGUGAAAUGGCUAGUGCUGAGAUGAUAUUUGGUAGUUUGUCUUACGUUGAUGUGGCUUCGUGUAAUAGCAUGAUUUCUGGGUAUGUAAGCAAUGGAAUGAGAUCUGAAGCCUUUGCUUUCUUUGUCAAGAUGGGUGAUAUUCUAGAUAUCGUGUCAAACCAUUAUACAUACUCAAUAUUGUUAUCUGCUUGUGAGUCUGUUCAAGUAGGAAAACAGUUGCAUGCUCAUAUUGUAAAACUGGAAUUUAUGUCGCUUACAGUGGUUGGAAAUUCAGCUUUGACGAUGUACAUCAACUUUGGAAUGAUUGAGGAGGCUGAGAAUUUGUUCGAAGGACUCGCUAGUAAGAACCAUAUAUCUUGGACUGCAUAUAUAUCUGGACUUUACCGUCAAAAGGCUUUCGAUAAGGCAUUGACACAAUUCUGUUUGAUGAGAAAGAACAAUACUGAACCUAAUGAAUACGCCUACUCUGUAGCCCUUUCAUGUGCAGCUUCUGCAGAAUAUCAUGAUUAUGGUUGCGCACUUCAUGCCCAGGCAAUUAAGAAUGGAAUGAUCUCAAAGGUAUUUGUCGGGACUUCCAUCAUAGAGAUGUACUCAAAAUGUGCAGAACUGGGUAAUGCUGGAAAACAGCUCAAGGAAAUGGGACGUGUAGCAUCUUGUGCAUCAUGGAAUGCAGUGAUAACCAGCCUUGUUCACAACGGUGAGGUUGGUUCCGGAUUGGAGAUGUUCCGUAAGAUGCUAAAUAAUGAUAUUGCUUGUGAUGAAUAUACAUGUUCACUUACUCUGAGGGCCUGCUCGUUACUUCCAUCCCUUGCAAUCUGCAGGCAGGUGCAUUCUUGGGUAGUUAAGGGGAAGUUUGGGGCAAACUUGCAUGUGUCGAGUUCAUUAAUAGAAACAUAUGCACAAUGUGGUAAUUUAGAGGACGCUGAGAAGGUUUUCUGUCUAACAUUUGAACCAGAUGACGUGACGUUUAAUUCAAUGAUUAAAGCUUAUUCACAGUAUGGUAAUCCAAUGAAGGCUAUUUUCUUGUUUGAAAAGAUGGUAGAGAAAGGGAUAUUACCAACGAGUUUCACUUUCCUUGCGGUUAUUUCUGCUUGUAGCCAUUGUGGUUUAGUUCAACAAGGGAAAGAGUUGUUCGAGUCUAUGACUAGAGAUUGCGGAAUUCCACCUGAAGAGAAUCACUAUAGCUGCAUGGUUGACCUUCUGAGUAGAUCAGGGCAGUUAGAGGAUGCUCUCGAAUUCAUAAACCAGCUGCCAAUUGAACCUAAUGCUCCAAUCUGGAGACCAUUUCUAGCAGGUUGCAGGUUUCACGGUUGCCUUGAAAUGGCAGAGAUGGCGGCCAGUAAAAUAUUAGAGCACGACCCUGGUGAUGCAUCAGUUUAUGUCACUCUCUCGAACAUGUAUGUUGAAGCAGGCAAGGUAAGGGAUGCACUCAAUCAAAGAGAGCUGAUGAAGUCUAAGUCAGUCCAGAAGGAACCCGGUUGUAGCUGGUUGGAGGUGAAUGCAAAGAUUCAUACAUUCUUUUCUGGUGAUACCAGACAUAUAGAUACGCCAAAAGUAUAUUCGAGAUUGGAUAAUCUGAUGCAAAAGAUUGAGAACAAAACAACUCGAGAACUCGGUAAGGUUACGAAAGAGAAAUGCUUAUUUCACAGUGAACGGUACUUCAGCGAUAACCACCAGACAAUAACUCCAUCUCUGACAGAGCUCAAAAUCGAAAAAUCUAAUCCACUGGCGAAGCUCAACGGUUCAAACCAGCCGCCAGACCCACCAAAAGCCGAUCCCAAAAUUCCAUCUCCGACCAAAACCGUUUUCGUCGACGAAAUCGACUCCGAUUCCGGUAAAUAA